UAAUGCAGUAAACCGAAGCGUCUAAUACAUUAAGGCACCUCAAGCCCUUAGCGAUGUACUGUAUGUGUAUAAACAGUAAUAUUAGAUAUUCUCAUCUAUAUGUAAUUUUUUUUUUAAAAAAGACAACAACACAACAAAUAAUAAAAAUCGAAAAAUCGAUUAAUUCAUGUGACGCUCAAAAAUAUGGCGUAUUGUGGUUACGUCAUGACGUUAUAUUUUUCCGACGCCUUGAUUGGCUGAGCAACAGCAAACACGGAAGUUUCUUAACAUAAGACUUCCUUGACAACGGGAAUGGCGGCGUAACGAUGCACGCUAAGCGGGUUUAAUUUACAUAAAAAAGUACAUCAUGUAACUUAAUAACGCAGAGAUGUUUACUGUAUUGUAAUGAACAGUUGUGGAGUAAGAUGCCGACCCGUCGUGUCAUCGUGCAGCUCGUCGUGGCGUUUUGUGUGUACACAUUGCCGCAGUGUCCACGUUCCCAAGGGUAUACAAACCAACCUCCGACGGAUCUGAGUGAUCAUCCUUUUACUGAUGGCGUCAAUUCAACAGCAGACUUUAUAAUGGACGUGAAUUCAACAGAUUCUCCAGACUUCGGACCCAGAGCCAAUACUGAUGGUCCAGUCGUGUCCACGGUCCAAACCCCAAUCACACCAGCUUCUGAUGGUUGCACCUGCAAUGUCACUCCUGAUUUCUGCGAUAUUGGCUGCUGCUGCGAUGUUGUGGACUGCGGCAUCGCUGAUCUGAGCUCUGUGUUCAAUAACUGUAGGCAAGAAACAAGGGCUGGGGUGUGCAUCGAGAGCUGGCUGAUGUUCCGAGCCAAUGUGGACCCUCGGCUGGUGACAGAUACGGGUUCUCUGUUCUGCGUUCGGAGCGGUAACGACGGCUCAGCACAGACUGCACCUGCUGCAUCUGAAGGGCCGUUCUCCAUCUUUUCUCCUCAUUUCUCAUUAGCGGAGGUCAACGGCGCUCAGAACCCGAGCAUUUAUAAGGUUGAUGAUGUCAUUCUGACGUAUUACAACACCACAUCCAUAGCGAGCGUGCUCAGACAGCCGUCGUCAGGUGCGGCGUCUUUGUCAUGCGUCGACCGCAAUCCCGCAAAGUUUCUGCGUUCUGGCUCUUUGUCCUGUUCCCGAGUUGUGAGUGCUCAGUCGUGUAGACGAGACAGCGGUCUGAGUUUUAGCUCCUAUUUCACAGGGUUCAGUCUCCUAAGGGUUCCACGUCCCUCAGAAAUGGACAUAUCGAAGAUUAUGAUUCCUGUUAUCCCACUGGUCAACCCACCCGAACUCGCUGAGCACAAUGGUUCCUGUAUGAACGUGGUGACAAAGGUAGAAUAUGUGAUUACGUACACCAGCGCAGGAGAAAUUACAGCAGCAGCGGUAAAAGUCAAUGUUACUGACGCUAGUUUUGGCACGCAGAUACUGCAACAACAUGCUGUGCAGUUUCAGUUGGACACACCCUCAUCUCCUCCUAAAUUGCCAUUGGUUGGCUUGGAGGUUGGGACUCCAGUGAUUGGCUGGUUUGGUGGACAACCUGGACCUCUGACGAUACCAGGACUUUCCCCAGGAGGACAGUGCUCUACCGACCUCACCAACCGAGCACCCAUCCUGUUCACACACAACACCAUCACCGGCUGCACCUUCAGGUUAAUGCAGGAUGACUGCAGCUCACUGAGAGCUCAGCUCUACAGCAUCCUCCGUGGGACAAGGACCCCCGAUACGGUCGCCAUGACAGCGGGAUCACAGCCACAACAGAGCAGGGUCGUCGUACAAGAAUGUCAAGAACCUGCUCCGGGCGAGGUGUGUGAAACGGGCUGUCUCGUGCCCGUCUCUCUGUCAGUCAGGUUCCUCUGGGCUCAGACAGGAACGUUGGCUCUUCCCCAGAAUCACGUCCUAGGUAUCAAAUACGUCUUCAGCUGUCAGAUCCUGAAGUGUUCCAUCGUUUCUCCUCUUCCUCUGACCACUGAGGUGAUUUUCUCCGACACCACCGUUUACCCAGAACCCCCCCGUGCCAAACCGCGCCCCGAGUGGAAGUUUCCAUUCGGGUUCUUCAGCAGGGGGGCAGAAGAACUAGACAGGGCAUGAUAAAGAGCUGGAGAAUACCAUUACCAUUCAUUCGUUCGUUUAAAUGUAUUGUUAUGAUAUAAAAUAUCGAUCUUUUUCUACCUCACUGUAAACAUGUGUAGAGUUUCUUUUUAUUAUUAUUUUUUAAAUCAUUUAUUUCCAUU